CGCCGCUGCUUUCGGGCAGCCCUCUUUCUCUCUCUCCCACAAGCUUCCCAGCUAGCGAUGCUACCCCUCACGCUCCUUCUCCUCUCUUCCUCCCUCUUCUCUUCUGCUGUCGGAGCAGAGGACUCGUUCGGCCAAGGAUGCUCAGUGAAUAACAAUCGUCUCCAGGUCGGUACGUACCAGUUCGCAGGCGACUGCGACCCAGAGACUUUCUGCGCUCCCAACAGUACAUGUGCAUUCAAAGGCUGCAGGAGGGACGUCUUCCCCUUCGGUUACGCUCAAGGUGCAGACCUCCCACCACUCUGCGACCCGACCCAAUUCUGUCCAGACGAAGGAGACGCAUGUCAAGACUUACUCCCUGUCGACAGCCCUUGCCAACUCAAUCGCGACGACGAAUGUGUUGGGCCGGAUAACUGGAGAGACCUUGCGGAUGAUAAGUUUGGUUUGAACGUUAAUGGCUCGGUUUGCCUUAACUUCCAGUGUAUGUGGGCGAAUGUUACUGUGGGCUUGCCGUGUAAGGUUGAGAAUACGGCGUAUAUUAUUUAUGGGGCGAAUAACCAGGAAUCGAUUGAUAUUGUUUCGCGGAGCAACUGUGCGAAGGACCUUUACUGCGACUCUCAGCAACUGGUUUGCAUAGAAAAGAAGGCAGCAGGCGCAAGCUGUGACGCCGACAAAGAAUGCCAAUCCAUGAAUUGCCUCCCGAAUCAAACAUGCGGAGAAGAAAUCGACGCUGCUGCGCACGUCGGAACGUGGGUAUAUAUCGUCGUGGGGAUCGGUAUCUUCGGGGGUAUGUUCGGCACUUUGAUUGCCUUGUUCUUCUUGCAUGGAAAACAACGUGAUCGGGAACGAGAGAAGAGGCUUCAGUAUUGGAGGGAACAGAAUGCUUUCCGUCAAAACAUCCUUCAAAUGCGAGACACCGCGCGCGCUUCACUUCUUUCCCUACCCAUGGGCGGUGGACUUAAUACGAAUGGUACAAACAGUAAUCGGAGUACGCUGUAUAGUCGAGACGGCGGGUUCGGACCAGAUGAUUCGAAUUACCCAAUCUUACCGCAACAAGGCGCGAAGGGAAGUGGGUUGAGGUAUCAGCAAUAUGCUGCUGAGAGUUCUGAGGUGGAUAGUUAUGAUGGAGGUUAUAUGCAUGAGCCAUCACAGCAAGAGGGGAUGAGGUAUCGGAGUGGGCAGGCGUUUUAGAAGUUAUUUAUAGUUGUGCGGUUGGAGACUUGGAUGGACUAUGACAGAUGAACUCUCUCUCUCCGAUCCUUCAUUUUGAAAUUUUUACUUUGCUUUCGGUUUUCUUUAGCAUCUAGUACGACGAUAUCCUGACCAUCUUUCACUUUCACUGUCGCUGUCUUGUCACAUAGUAGAGCUCUAAUCGCAGCGCCACUGUAAG